AUGAAAUUCUUGAAAGAUGAGGCAAUUCGGAUGAAGUACGACGAGGCCAUACGCCAGUACCUUGAGCAAGGAUUUGCCGAGCGGCUUCCGAAGAACGUAGUAGGCAUAGAGAACAGAUUGUAUUACAUGCCUCACCAAGCUGUGUUGUGCCCUGCAAGCCCGUCAACUAGCCUCAGAGUGGUCUUUGAUGCGUCGUCGAGUGAAACCGGGUGCGUGUCACUGAAUGAAGUGUUGGAUUCAGGACCGAACUUAAACCCCGAUAUCUUAAAAAUCAUGCUCAAUUUCAGAACGCACCGCAUCGGGCUCAGUGCAGAUAUCGGAAAGGCGUUUUUACAAAUAUCACUGAGAAAGGAAGGUAGAGAUGCCGUGCGCUUCCCCUGGUAUGAAGAAGUACCCACUAAGAAAAAACCGAGUCCGCCACUUGAAGCCUGGAGUACGACAAGAGUCCCAUUCGGAGUGACCAGUAGCCCAUUUCUGCUUGCUGCCACGAUACGUCACCAUCUCGGCAUGAUGGACAGCUGUUCGGGCACAGCACGAACACUGGCUGAGAGCUUCUACGUCGACGACCUCAUCACAGGUGCCGACACGGAAGAAGCAGCUGAAGAAUUGUAUCGAGAAGCGCUGGGCAAAAUGAAAGGGGCAAGCAUGUCCCUUUGA